AUGAACCCAGCGCAUCUGAAGGGAGACGAGUGCCGUCAAGAAGCGCAAGCCUCAGUAGUAUAUCAAGCUGUCCAAGGUCGCCGGCUGCUAGACUUUAAUCGGUACUUCACUUUGCCUGGCGUCAAGAUCACGGUUUCAAUCUUCUCCCCCCCAGAGUGGCAACAACUGAUCAAGCUGAUCCGAGAGCCCAUCCCGAGCCCCAUCGACGACGACUCCAUGACUUGCAUGUACAGGUACUCGAUAUUCGACAGAAACAACUCGGAACAACAAGAGCCCCAAAAGGGUGCCUCGCAAGCACUGCUGCUCUGGGGUCAGCCAUCAAAAACUCAAUUCCUUCUAGUGGCGGCUGGUAAUGGCCUUGCUCGGGUCGACGAUGAUGCUGUUACGAGCUACAUACGACUGCUCGAUAAUGAGACGGACUUCUCACCGCACUCGCUCUACUUCCGUUCACUGCAAUCCAAUAUUAUUCCCACAUCCGGCGUCAUUGUGGCUGUGAGCUAG